GCGCUGAUCGGUGAUUAUGGUAGGGAACAGACCGACUAUAGAUAUGUACUUUAUAUGACCCCACUUCAAAAAACACGAACUAUCCCUGUGUCUUUUGCUUUAAAAUGACCUGAAACAAUGCUAACUCACUGAUUCUGUAUAUGAGUAAGAUUCAGUAUGGCUUGUGUGUUUUUGUGUUUGCAUGAUCAUGGUGUAUGAGGCCAGUGUUUGGCAUACGAGGACAACAGUGAGCAUAAUACCUUUUUAGGCCACAGCUAAAAUGAGUUCUGAUAAUGCUGUAUAUUUGUAAGGACUGACUUGACAUGGUAUUUUGCAGUGCGGCAAGGCAGACAAGACCCCAUUUCUGAUGCGCAACACCACGUAAGACUAAACAGGGACAAAGCGUUGUGUGUCUGGAGAUACAUAGACCCCAUCAAAGAUGGUUGGACCACAGCAGCAAGCCAAGAGGCCAGGCAGUUGCAAUGAUGCUUUUGAAGAACAGAGAGGAAAGAAGAGAAGAAAGCAAGAUAAUUCAGGAGGAAUGAGGAAGAGAGAUAGGGAUUGCAAGACACAUCGUGUUAUGAAAGAGAACUUGGGCUCAUUUGAAAAAUGCUCACUUUGCCGUGGGCCAUUUUCUUCAUUGAAGUGGUGGGGGCUAAGAUGUGAAGUUUGUACCACUGUAUGGCAUACAUACUGCUUUCACUCCAAAGACAAAAGAUUUCGCCUAUGGCUCCAACUACAGUCGAGAAACCUGUUCCCCACACACCAGUCCUCUCUCCAGCUACAAGCCACACACCAGUCGUGUCUCCGUCUACAGGCCACACACCAGUCGUGUCUCUGUCUACAGGCCACACACCAGUCGUGUCUCCGUCUACAGGCCACACACCAUUCCUCUCCUCCACAGUGCUCCCUGAAGAGCCUAUGGCUCCAACUACAGUCGAGAAACCUGUUCCCCACACACCAGUCCUCUCUCCAGCUACAAGUCACACACCAGUCGUGUCUCCGUCUACAGGCCACACACCAUUCCUCUCCUCCACAGUGCUUCCUGAAGAGCCUAUGGCUCCAACUACAGUUGAGAAACCUGUUCUCCACACACCAGUCCUCUCUCCAGCUACAAGUCACACACCAGUCGUGUCUCCGUCUACAGGCCACACACCAUUCCUCUCCUCCACAGUGCUUCCUGAAGAGGUUUGUCAGUACUUUUGUCGGUGAAGCUUUACACACAGGAAAUGCUUUCACAUGA